AUGAUUAGCAUCAGAAAACGCGAUGGAAGAAAAUUUUCGGAUCAAUUUAGCAUGAUAUUAUCAUUUAAUUCAAAAAAGAAAAGCAAAGACGAUAAAAAAGAAGUCUUAAAUGGGCAACAACAGCAACAGCAGCAACAACAACAACAACAACAAAAUGUGCAAGCGCCAGGAUUUGCAGGUCAGCUUAACCAAGGUGCUGGUGCUGCUCCUCCUCUAGCGGAAGGACCAAAAGCACCUGGUCAAGGAGGCAUAGCUGGAACAUUUGACCCGAACUAUCAGACAUUAGCUGGCGUAGGUGGUGAAAUAUUUGGUGAAGACAAAAAGCAAGGUGGUGCUUUUGGCGGCGCUGGUGGUGGUGGUGCUGGUGGUGCUGGUGCUGGUGGCGGCGGCGGAGGACCACAAGCACCAGCAGCUGGGGGAAUGGCUGGAACCUUCGAUCCUAACUAUCAAACCUUAGCUGGUGUAGGUGGAGAAAUAUUCGGUGCAGAUAAGAAGGCAGCUGGAGGUGGCGGUGGUGGUGGCAUUGGCGGUCCUCAAAUUCCCGUAAAUAAAGAGGAAAAAGCUGGUACAUUUGAUCCUAAUUAUCAGACACUAGCUGGAAUUGGUGGUGAAGUAUUCGGUGCAGAUAAAAAGCAAGAAGGUGAAGUUGGUGGUGGUGGUGGUGGUGCUGGACCUAAAGCUCCCGAUAACAAGGAUGUUAAAGCAGGAACAUUUGAUCCCAAUUAUCAGACACUAGCUGGUGUUGGUGGUGAAGUAUUCGGUCAAGAUAAAAAGGUAGCAGGAGGUGGUGGUGAUGGCGGCGGUGGUGGCGAAGGACCAAAAGCUCCGGAAAAUAAAGAUGUCAAAGCCGGCACCUAUGAUCCUAACUAUCAAACUCUUGCUGGUGUCGGUGGUGAAAUAUUUGGCGCUGAUAAAAAAGUAUAA